UGUUCAGAGUUUCGUUCCCCUUUUUCGAGAGCAAGUCAACUCAGUCACUUUCUCCACUAACGCGAAGCCCCAAACCGUCUCAAAUCUCCAUUAGCGCGAAGGUCAACCGCGCGCAGGAUGGACAGCCCCCUCCCGCAGCCGCGCAGGCGCAGGCCCGUCGUCCUGAUCGCCUCCUGCGCGCUGAUCCUCCUCGCCACCGCCCUCCUCCUCCCGCGCGCUCCCGCCGUCCCGCCGCUGACCCCGGCCGUCCGCCUCGACCCGCGGGUCGCGCGCAGGAGCGGCAACGAGGUGCUGUGGCAGCUGCCGCCGGGCCCGCCGCGCGCCGCCGUGUUCGUCGCCCCCGGGUGCACCAUCCGCGCCACCGACUUCUUCGACGCCUCCCCCGGCUGCCCGCGCUGCGCGGGGCUCCCCGAGGAGCGCCGGUUCACGCGCGAGGCGCUCCGCCGAGGCUACGCCGUCCUCGCCGUGUCCAGCCGCGCCGAGUGCUGGUCCCUCGACGCCGCCUCCGCCUCUGGCGACGGCAGCGAGCUCGCCGCCGUCGGUUCCGUCAUCGAAUGGUGGGUCAAGGAGCAGCACCCCGAGCUCGGCGGCCUCCCGCUCGUCGGCAUCGGCGCGUCGUCGGGCGGGUACUUCCUCUCCGCGCUGGCGGCGAGGGUCAGGUUCAGCAGCGUCGCCAUCGUGAUUGCCGAGGGCGUGUUUGCCGCCAUGGAGGAAAUCCCGCCCGGCUACCCGCCGGCGCUGUUCGUGCACAUGCCCAGGGACGCCGACAGGGCGCAGAUGGUGGCGGCAAGCAUAGACAAGCUCAAGUCAAAGCACGUUGAUGUGCGGGAGAUCCAGUGCGACGCCUUUGCCGUGAGUGCCGAGUUCUUGGCGGCGAGGAUCCCGGGGUUGACUCCCACCGUCGCCGAUGGCCUUGUGGACGUGCUUCGCCACAAGUCCUUCUUGGAUGAGAAGGGGUUUCUGAAGAACGAUGGGAGGAGCACACCGUGGAAGGAGGCGGCGGAGGAAGCCAAGAUCCUGCCGGAGGGGUUCCGGCUGGAGAGGCAUGUCACGGAGGAGUUGAAUAUUGCAUAUGCAUACCAUGAAUUUACCAGCCUGGAGAAUGAAGAGAUCUUCAAAUGGUUCGAUUCCCAUAUGGAUCACAAGAUUUGAGGGCACAUCAUUUGUAGAUGGCCAACUUGAUGUCGGAUUCAUGGAGUGUUGCUGGUUUUGAGAGGAUGCACCGUUAUGAUUCAUGGGAGGUGGAAAGAAAGCACAAUAUUCUGUAAGGUUUAUCCUCAAAGCUUGUAGUUUAACAUAGACACUUAUGGAAUAUGGUUUCUCAUAGCGUCAUGUUUUCCUUUGCCAUUGUGGUUACUGCCUUAUUGGUGUCACAAGCAAAUGGGUGAACUGCCCUCAUUGUUGUUACUGUUGUAACUCGUCCAACAGAAAUAUGUUAAUGCUGUAGAAAACGAUAGCACAACUUUUGAUAAAUU